AUGAGAGACCCGUACAGAUGGGACGCCUGGGAGUUCACAGCCAAGACCUUCGUACCAGGGGUUGCUGACUUGCUAGGUCGCUCCAACCUGCGGCCAUACCUCUCCUCGUCAUUUCUAGCCAGUCAAGAGGCAGACGAUCUUCGGGCGUUCUAUCGAUCACUGCCGUUUGCAUCCCGAUUCGACGGCCUUGCUUUCACUACUUGUGCGAUCCUACCGAUGCUGGAAGCAGUAAAAUACGACUUCCCUGCAAUACAGAAGUAUAAGAUUCUACCUAUCACGAGGACCUUCAUCGGUGUUUAUGGCCUCCAGUGUAUAUUCCCACACGAGUUCUACUACUAUCUACAUCGUAUAGUGCAAUCAGCCUCAUACCACUGUCUCAAGAUAGGCCCUAUGAAAGAGCGGCAGCCUACGCCUUUGGGAGGGGUUGGCCCCGACCAAGACGACCAAGACGGCCAUCUGACGACUGUGUGGUCGGGUCCUCCAAGUGCUUGCGAGACUAUGCUAGCUGUCCACCUCCGCUCCGCUGCUACUGCUAGAUCCGCCCUGCGAAUAAUCAACGCGAGUCGGAGAUGGAUGGUGUCGGCGACAAUUCCGGAGCAGGGCGGACCGUUGAGCUCACAGGAUCCUAUAGCGAUCCUCUCUAAUGGGGGUGAUCUCGUCGAUGCCACCAGAAAAGCAGUGACUAUGUACGGCGUAUUCGGCUGUGGGAGUGAGGAUAAAGACGAGAAGUGGCGUGAGUUCUGUGGUCUACUCUGCGCCAGAUGGACGUGGCUUAAUGACAAUGAGCAUUUCCUCCCGCCAGAGAUUGUCACUGAGCUCUUCAAGGCCAUGUGUCAAGAAGGCGAAGUCACAUUGAAUUCAUUCUGGACAAAAGUGCUCGCGCUCCCGGACUGUACAGCGCGACACAGAUUCACCGCCUUCGGUAGCAUCGACGUUAAGCAAGCGUCAGAGAUAGGAAUAGCUUUGGCCCACAUCGGACGAGUCCAUGUUCCUUUGGCGCGUAGACUGGAGGCGUGUGCUUCUGCACAGGACACGAUGUGGACGAUGGACCAGGCAGAUGUCGCCGCUCUCGUCAAUGCAUUAGGCUUGCAGCACUACGCCGGCCAAGAUCUCUAUGAGGAAAUUACUCAACGUGUCUGUGAAGAAAUUGCCGACUUCAGUCGGGAUGAACUCCUUCAAGUCCUGGAGGCCUUCGUGGAGGGUGGAAUGUAUCCUCGAGAAUUGAUCAAACAUGCCGGCCGAGUAAUCCAUGAAGGUAUGGACAACUUCACACCCUCAGACUUCAUGAGGCUGGCGAGGAUGUACCAGAAGAUGGACAAACGGCAUGAUACCUUUUGCCGUGCCUGGAUUCACGACGUGCUACAUAAGCGAGGAGUUGAUGUCGAUCCCGAGGUUUGUAAUCAUUCGGAUAGUGAGGGCGAACGGAAAUAUAACUUGGUGGAAGCAUCCUUUGCCUUGAAUUUCAUGAAACAGCUAAGAGUGAACUCUGGCACGACGGAGUGGUGGGAUAAGGAAGCGGAUUACAGGGCUUUGAACGGAGUUGUCAUCAAUGGUUUCUGUAAAGCAGAUGAGCGGGGAGUCCGAAGAAUUCUCUCGGUCAUGUCUCCUCGAGAUGUGUCGUUUCUGGCCUCGUCGAUUUCGAGAGCAGCAUUUCUGAAGAACUCGGAUAUCGAAGUGGUUGUUGCUGCUAUUAUGGAUCGGCUUCGAUAUUUGUUGACUCCUGGCAAUGAAGUUGGAGUCCCCUCGAGGGACAGAGCAGCGGAGUAUUUACCACAAACGAUGGAGCACCUCGUCCGUUGUGGUCGAAAUCGACGGAAAGACAAGUACCUUGACUGCUCUUGGGUCGCUAUAUGGUUGUGUAAAACAGUGUAUUCUCGUAAUAUACAUCAAAUAGUAAGCAUAAACAGGUCCCUUGGUCACCUUGGAUACUCCGACCUUAACUAUCAUAGGAUCUGGGUCAACUUCUACCUCGAUCGACUCGACUCCCUCCUCAAGACUGAUAUCACCAUGAUCAAAGACACGUUCAACAAGUUGAAACUACAUGAUGAGGACAUCGGUCGUGAUUUAUUCUGGCGGCUUGGCCUUCGCUUCCAGCAGUGUGUUAUCAACACUAGUGCCGCACGGUUUUAUGGGAAUCGAGUAAACCGACGGAUUCGACGCAUAGGAUGAAGAACCCGUACCC